ACGCCCACUUCCCCGAGGACCCUGUCCCUGGCUAGGUGAACACUACAUACAAACACACACCCAAACAUGGCACCAACCAUCAAAGAGCUCAGUGUUCAUUACGAUCCGAUAAAUGAAAGCAAUACAUUUGCUAGUGGUGACAUUGUGGAGGGGCGAGCUGUUUUGGAAGUGACCAAAGAAAUUAAGGUGGACAGUUUGUUCGUGAAGUUUACGGGGGACGCACACGUACACUGGACCGAAGGCUCAGGCGAUGAUGAAACAACCUACAGCGACCAUGAAAGAUACUUCAAAAUAAAGCAGUAUUUCAUUCAAGACAGCUCUAAAAGAGGUCAAGUAGAAAAGAAUACGACUCUUAUAAGUGGAGAGAUUUAUGGGCAAACUGUGAAGCCAGGGUGCCAUGUUUUUCCGUUCAGAUUUCAGCUGCCACAAAAGAAUAUGCCUCCAUCUUUUAAAGCGUGUCAUGGAUGGGUAAAGUACAGUUUGGAAGUAAAGCUAAACAGGCCUUGGAAGAUGGCUUCUACUAAAUCAACAGAAUUGACCUUCGUGUUAAGAAAUGAUGGCACCAAUGAUCAUUUACUGCAACCACAAGUUGGCACUAAAGACAAGAAGUUGAAAUUCUUUGCCUCGGGAAAAACCUCAAUUACAGCAACAACUGAGAAAUCGGGCUAUAUGCAAGGUGAGCAAAUUAAAGUUUUUGUCGACAUUGACAACUCUUCAUCUCGUGAUGUCAAGCUAAAAUACAGCCUCAAGCAACAUCAGACCUUCAUUGCUGGGAAAAGUACUAAUAGAGGAUAUAAAGACAUAGUCAAAGAAACCAAGGACUGCAUUCCAUCUGGAGAAAAGAAAAAAGUCACAGUAGACCUAAAGCUCCCACCUGACAUGGAUGUCACUAUAGAAAACUGUAGAAUAAUUAAAGUGGAGUAUGAACUCAAGAUUUAUCUGGAUGUGCGCUUUGCCUCAGAUCCAGAAAUCAAAUUCCCACUGGUUAUUCUUCCAUUCGUCCAGCAGUUUGCUCCGUGGCAAGGCCCACCUGGAGGAUUCCAGCCUAACCUCUUUCUACCUCCUGCACCAGCCGGGCUACCACCUGCACCAGCCCCAGGGCUGUACCCCUGUCUUUUCAACCCAGAAAAUGCAAAUCCACCUCACCCAGUUUUUGAUCUCAAUCAAGGAUCUUCUCUUAAAGGUGAAGCGGAGGAUUUUCUCAAAUAUUAGAAAAGAACCGCCUUCUUCACUUU